AUGGCACCCGAACAGGGACCCUUAGAGAACCUGCCAGACGAGGCUGAGAGAGACCAGUAUGAGCUGCUCUGCCUAGACAAUACUCGGAAGUCAGUGGAUGACUUCAAGGAGUGCUACCUGCCCCAGGUUCCUUCUCAUGUUGUUGUGGCCCGAAGUGGAGAUGGCAAGGAGGACUUGAUCUGGAGGCUUCUCAACAAGGCACAGGAGAAGUUUCGAAAAGGCAAAUCAUGGGCAUUCCAGCUCUUCAGCUCCCCGCGUGGACAGAAGGACCUGCUGUUCAAAGAUAAUGCGCUCCGGUUUUUGAGGAUCCCCUCGAAGAUAGACGCUGGGCUGUUCCUCGGUUCCAACUACGUCACUGUCUUCAAGGGCCUGAAGGAAACGUCCGCGGAGGUGGAGGCGCGGCGCGCACAGGUCGUGUGGUGUGCGGUGGGCCCCGAGGAGCAGCGCAAGUGCCAGCAGUGGAGCAGCCAAAGCAAUGGGACAGUGGCCUGUGCCACCGCCGCCACCACCGAGGACUGCAUCGCCCUGGUCCUGAAAGGAGAAGCUGACGCCAUGAGCUUGGAUGGAGGAUUCAUCUACAUCGCGGGCAAAUGCGGUUUGGUGCCUGUGCUGGCAGAGAGCCAAAAAUCCGAAGAGAGCGGUAACUCGGAUUGUGUGAAUAGACCAGUGGAAGGGUAUCGAGCCGUGGCGGUUGUCAAGAAAUCAAAUGCUGGCUUCACCUGGAAUUCUCUGAAAGGCAAGAAGUCCUGCCACACCGCCGUGGGCAGGACUGCAGGCUGGAACAUCCCCAUGGGUCUGCUCUUCAACCAGACAGGCUCCUGCAAAUUUGAUGAAUUCUUCAGUCAGAGCUGUGCUCCCGGGUCCGACCCGAACUCCAACCUCUGCGCGCUGUGUAUUGGCAACAAAGCACGCCAGAACAAGUGUGCCCCCAAUAGCAAUGAGAGAUCCUACGGCUACACUGGGGCUUUCCGGUGCCUGGCGGAGAAUGCGGGAGGCGUUGCGUUUGUGAAAGAUGCCACUGUCUUGGAGAACACGAAUGGAAAGGGCACUGAGGACUGGGCUAAGGAUUUGAGGCUGGAGGACUUCGAGCUCUUGUGCCUCAUUGGCACCCGGAAGCCUGUGACUGAGGCUGAGAGCUGCUACCUGGCCAAGGCCCCAAAUCAUGCUGUGGUAUCUCGGAGAGAGAAGGUGGAGCACCUGGGGCAGGUGCUGCUUGACCAGCAGGCUAAGUUUGGAAGAAAUGGACGUGACUGCCCAGGCACGUUUUGCUUGUUCCAGUCGGAAACCAAAAACCUUCUUUUCAAUGACAACACCAAGUGUCUGGCCAACCUCCAAGGCAAAACGACGUAUGAGAAAUAUUUGGGAGCGGAGUACGUCACGGCCAUUGGGAAUCUGAGACAAUGCUCCACUUCCCCACUUCUGGAAGCCUGUGCCUUCCUGAGGAGGUAAAACCCAAGAAGAUGGCCCAGUCCCACAGGGAGCCUCGGCCCUCGCUGGCACACCCCCUCCCUGC